ACACGGUUGAGGACCAGUUCGCUCAUGGCAGGGAAGCAGCAGCCCCCUUAUCUGCACCUGGCAGAGCUCACCGCCUCCCAGUUCUUGGACAUCUGGAAACAUUAUGAUGCUGAUGGUCAGUGAGAAUGAAAAGAGGGACACAAACUUCUGUUCAUUUAACCUUUAGGGACAACUGAUGUUUUAUUGCUUGGUGCCAAUAUGUGGCUGGAGGAGAUUGAUCAGUGGCUUAAAAUGGCCAGUGCUAAUCAGUAGGCAUGCUAAGUUUCUUUCUACUUUGCCUGAAUUUUUAUUUAAAAGGCUGCAAUAAGGUGGUUUUUAAGACAGAAUUCAGAAAGGUAGUUUCUGUUGCUUGUUCUUUUUGCUGUUGUGUUUGGUUUUUAAGUGUCUACGUUUUCUAAAUUGUUCACUUUUGUUAGCUGUAGUAAAUGAGAGUUGGAAAUAGUGAGACAAAGAGUGAGCAGAGAUGUGCUCGCUUCGGCAGCACAUAUACUAAAAAAAACAAAGAGUGAGCACAGAGGAGUGGAAAUGUUUCUGAUGAGAGUGGGCACAAUGGGUGUGGGCAAGUUGAAAAGUGUUUCAUUUGGUAGAAUUCAAUAUGUUUUAGAGUAGUAUAGUCUCAGUCUUCUGUUUUAGAUUUCCUGGUGUUUAUUUUCUUAAACUUUGGAGGCUCAUAAACUUUUUGCCACUAUAAGUAAGUCUGGUUAGAGAUCCUGUCCUGUGUUAGGAAGAGUUGAGGCGGCUUUUCCUGUUGGGUUGUGUGUGCCUGUGCAGCUAAACAUGUGCUCCUGUAGAGAAGGGCAAUGAUUGCAGUAUGAUGGGAGUUUGCCUUAUUGUAAAGGGUCCUGUGACCAUGUCUUGAUAACACCCCCUGCGGGUGUCCAUUAUCAUUUAGAAACCUUUGAUCUGAGCUCUGGAGAAUUCUGUGUACAAUAUGUUUUCCCCACUAGUCACUGUGUCAAGACGGCAUAGCAGGAUUUUACUCUAGAUAGCUGCAAACCUGCCUCUAAGCACCGCUUACAAGUAAUUCACAUGAGGUAAGCCACUGGGUGCCUGAGGUGGUGGCUGUUAACAUCUAACACAACACAGGAACAGAUGGCUGCUAUCCAGAACGCUGAUCCAAAAAGGUUUUUAUUUGUGGGAGAGGGGGAUACAUGCAUAUCCUGAAACUCUUUAAGCCCUUUGCUGCACCUCCUCUCCCAGCCAUGAUGGGAUAUGCUCAGGAAAAGCAGAACUUGGAAGAAGGUGGUCUUUAAGAAUUUCAGCUGUAGGGGUGAAACAGUCUCCUUGAUACUGUUGCAGGAGGCAAGAGGUUCACAUGGUUUGGGGCCAUAUGGAUAUAUCUAAUCAGGUCCUUUUCUGACUCUUUUUGUCCUAUGAAAUGAAAGAGAACCAAAAAUUUCAUAAAUUAAAUUCCCCCACCCUAUAUAUGUGCAUGUUUUGACUACACCAGUUGCCACACCGGUGACAGGGAAGAGAAUUUCCUCUGAGAUGAACUGGCUGAAGGCACACCCCAGUAUGCGGUAGGGUGUGCAUGAUGCUCCCCUGUGGUGUGCUACUGGGUGGGUUUCUUGCUGGAGCCACUUAAGUGGAGCAUGUGCUUUCAAAACAAUGAGUUUCUGUGGCAUAUUGUGCAUGGCGUGGAUGAUCAAAGGGCUGGGAAGGUGAAGCAUGUGGGUGGGCGGGCCAGUUGCAUAACAAUGGACCGGUCUCUGUGACUGCUUGACUACUUUAUGAUUCUCCAUGGUUGCAGCAACCUCAGGACAAACAAGGAGCAGAAAUCCAGGGGUGGAGUUUUAUUGCAUUUGUAUAUCACUUUUCCUUAGAAGAGUGGACAACCUGCGGCCCCCGGCUUAGUUUCAAGUGGCCCUCCAGGAACUGCAGGCCCACUUUUCCUUGCUCUGUCUGUGUGUAAGAAAGAGAGGGGGGGCACUGUGUAAUCCUGCAGUGCUGUAAACUCCAGCCAAUUUUGACCAUGGCCUCAGCUGUCAGCAUGCAGUUCUGCCCCACCUGAUUGCCUCUGAGGUUAUGCAGUCCCUGAUAGAAAAGACGUUCCCCAGCCCUAACUCAGAAACUCAAAGCAGCUGAAACAAAAAAUCCUAGCAAAAUGGUCAGACCAUAGUCUGUACGUCAGAAGGAACUGAGCAACCUUCACCUUGGGCAGAUGCUGACGGGAGAGGAGCGAAAAGCGGGGUGGUGUUUUCAGCUCACUCGAGUCCGUGAUCUCCUGUGGGGCGAGGCAAGCUUAAGCCUACAGAAACUGAUUGGGGAUAAGCUCACAUAACUCACUGCUGGAUUGUGGCUAAAGUGCACCGAGCAAGUCCUCUUCCAGAUGGCUUGUUUAUUGAUUAUUCACCCUGAUUUGUUUGCAGGGAAAUUAAGCAGUGUUGACUAUUUAAUGAGCAUUUAUUCUGACAAUGGUGCGUCAAGCAAAUGCUAGUCUCCACUUGCUGGUGCAUUUCCCCAUCACUUCCCGAAUCUCAGAAUGUCUGAUCUUUUCAGGGACGAGGGGUUUUAUUUUUGCAUGACAUUCUCCCAAGCACAACCUGAAUUGGCCAGUAUAUGAACCGAAUCCCACCCCAAAAUAGCAACAGCCUGGAAGCUCUCAAAAAAGGAGGAAGCUGACCUCGUUGCCCCUCCUAGAGAAGGAAGGCAUGCUGGCAUCUUUUAUUUAGUUUAUUUAUGGCAGCCUAAUAACAUAUGUUCUCUGGGAGGCUUCCACUAAAAAUUAAAGCAAAUAAAUAUAAAGCCGGAUAAUAAAACCAUAAAAGCACCACAAAAUCUAAUAGAGCAGAAAACUACCAGCAAAAUACAAAAUCAAUACGACAGAGCUCACAGCUGCACCAAAAUGUCAUCAGUCUUAAAACUCCAAGAAUAUACCAAAGAUCUGAAUGUCACUAAAAUAUAUUAAGACUGAAAACCCAGGAAACAUAAAAAGGGGGCUCUAUAAGCAAUGAAAGUCACUACAGAGAUCCUCUCCCUAUAAACUAGCUGCAUUACCUUAUUUGUUGGGGAGACCCUGAGAAGGACCUCAGAAGAUAUUGAUGUCCAGGUAAGUAUAUAUGGAAGAGACAGUCCUUCAGAUCACCUUGUCCCAAGCUGUUAAAGGUGAAUGGAUUAAUGGUGGCUCUUUGAACUGGGCCCGGAAAUGGACUGGAAGACAGAGCAGAGCAAAAAAGACUGGUGUAACAUUACCAUGCCAUGCAGUCCUAGUUAACAAACUUGCCUGCUGUAUUUUGGACCAGAGGAAAUUUCCAGACUGCUUUCAAAGGCAGCCCUUUGGGACCAUGAUCCCACCCAGACAUUAAUCAAUUGAUUCAAAUAUUUCUAGAUCACUCUUCAUCAAGAAUUGAUUCCAGGACUGUUCACAAAGUGUUCAAAACUUUGUGGCUCUAUCUGUCUAUUUGGCCCUGUAGGCAGGAAAGGUAACAUUUUAAAAAUUGCUGCCUUCAUGUGUCCUGGGCUUUAAUUUGCUAACUGUGAACCACAUUUCCCAAAAAAUCAGUACUAUGACUGCAGACCCUCUCUUGAGUUCCAGCAACCUUUCUAGAUAAUGCAUGACAUCUGCAAUAUUUUGCACCAGAUACCCAGUUUGCAUUUGUCAACUGUACUUCACAAGUCCAUCUGUUUCUCUUGCAAUCUCACAUUUGGAAGACCCCUGUACCUUCCCCACUUAACCCCUGGAGGUAUGGUUGGUUAGUUGGUUUAAGCUGCUGUGAUCGUAUUUCCUUGCGUUGUUCAAAAAGCUCAACCUCUUGCUCCUUCCAUGAGAUUAAGAGCCACUCCAUGAAAUGCAUUUAGUAAAAGAAAGACUUCCCUUGCUCUCCCUCAGGGGGGUCUCUCUCUCUUUGAGGGCACAGGGGAUUCUGACUUUCCAGCAGCAACACAAUCCCACCCCUGGGAUGCGACUGGAGCAUGGCAAUAAUAUUACAAGGCUCACUCUUUAAAGGCAGCAAGACAUAGCCCUGUUCAGGCAUCCUAAAGAAGGAGAGGGAGGACCUCUCCCCACCACCUCAUCAUUACCCCCCAUGCAUUAGAGGGAUAAUUUUUGAAGUGGGGAGCCUGCUCUCCUUGGGUAAACAGCCUCCUUCCCUGAUUUCUGUACCAUGCAGAAAGGCUGCAUUGACAGAAAAAGGCUGCCUGCUUCAGGCACUAUCCUUCAGCUCAUGAAGGAUGAUUGAUGGUGGGGGGCGGGCAGGGCAGAGCAUACUUAUUCUCACUCUGAACAGAAUGUCUGAGUAUGGCUAGACCUUGUUAGCAUUGUGGAUUAUAUACCUUGUUGUCAAAGCGGUGCCAUGUGGGGCCUUAUCCUAAAUGCCUGAUUGGUAGAGGAGGCAGCAAAGCAAGAUCCCCCUCCUGACUUUCUGUAAGGCAACAAGGGUGUCUCCUGCAGCCACUUUGCAGCAGCUUGCCUCCUGUACCACCAGGACUUCAGCCCGUCAGCAAAGCUGGUAAAUGAGGCUCAGUGGACUCAGGGCACCCUAGACUAUCCUUCCAACCUGAACACUGUCAGCUGACCUCACUGGCCAAGGAGGACACACCAAGGAAGAAAAAGCCAGUCUAAGCAGUGCUAGCCUGAUCUCAUUGAGUCUCCAGGCCUUGCCUCACUUCUGGUGAGCAAGCAGGAGCAAGCUGGAGUCCCUCUCAGUCCCUCCUCUUGGUAAGAUUCGUAAGGCAGUUUUACUUGUGGCACCAGGAUGGUGCCCCCAAGAUUUUUCAACCACAGUUCUCAUCAACACCCAACCAGCCCCACAACCAUCUGAGGCUGGGGGUGAUGGGAACAUGGAUGUGCUGGCUGGGGUGGAUGGAUGUUGCAGUCCAGAACUCCUGGACAGCACCAAGUUGGAGAAGGCAGGUAUGAGGAAUACAAGAGAAAGAGAGGGGGGGAGAAAGAGAAAGACGGAGUGCCCAAAAGAACUGCAUUUCAGAUUGGCCCCUGUAAUUCCUAUGUACCCCUCCAACCAUGGUUGGCCUCCUUCUAAAUUUGAGCAGGAUACAUAGCUAAAGGGUGAAUGCAACCAAGACACCUUUUGUCAAUUCAAGUAAGCACAGCUUAAAAACAAACAUGACACCCCCACCCCGCAAACAAACACACAUACACAGACAUAAAUGAUAUGUUGUUGCCGUGUAAUUUGAGGGUGAUUCAAUGUGUGGAGGGGGGUCUUCCCAGGGGAGCUAAGGAGAUCUAACCUGUUAUUAAUAUAAUCAUUUUGGCAACUUAUCAUUAAGCACAGCUUUUCAGUUACAUCACCUCGCUUGCAAUGAUCAGAGCAGAAACCAAGGACUUGGCAUCAGUAUGAAAUUACACUGUCCCUGCUUAGUAAUCCCAUUAUUAUAUCGGAGGACCCCUGCAAUUUCUAUCUUAUCUAUCUUUCUGAUGAAUCAAGCCAUGUACAAUAUACUCAGGGUGCUCAAAGCAUCACCAUCAUUUACAUUGCAUCAACAGCUGAUGUCGCAGAGGAUGCAAAAUCUGGAGAUCCUAAUAAUGGUGGAUUCUCACCCAGUUAUGUCCUUCCUCAACCUUGGUGCUUCCUGAAGCCCCUUGAGGUGGUCAGCCACUUCCUCCUUGUCUCCCUCUUGGUUCAGAGGCAUGCAGGACAACCCAGGGGCAAGAAUGGCAUCAGCAAAGCUGGAUGGGGGUGGUGCUCACAACCAAACUACAGGAUGGUAAACCACUCACAAGCUAGAAAACUGCACAUAACUUUGGAAUACAGUCCUGCAGAGUCCUGCAUUUCAUUAGUGUACUUCUGAGUAAUUUCCCACAUGUAGAAGCCAAGCACAGCAGGCCAAACCCUGAUACACUAGUUUUCUAUCUGCAGCAAGUUUCCCCCUCCCCACCACGUUCAUAAGGACACAUGCAAAAGUAGCAACUACUUGUGUGUUCUGAACUGGUACUCACUUUGCUUCAUGUGUAAGGCAGGCCUCCAGAAUCAUGGGUUAAAGUACAGUGGUACCUCGGGUUACGAACUUAAUUCGUUCUGGAGGUCCAUUCUUAACCUGAAACCAUUCUUAACCUGAGGUACCACUUUAGCUAAUGGGGCCUCCUGCUGCCGCUGCCGCACCGCUGACCGACACGCCAUUUCUGUUCUCAUCCUGAGGUAAAGUUCUUAAUCUGAGGUACUACUUCUGGGUUAGCAGAGUUUGUAACCCGAAGUGUUUGUAACCAGAGAUGUUUGUAACCCGAGGUACCACUGUAAUUACUUUACAUAUAACAAGUGUUGGAGGUGGGGGUACAUUAAUUUAACUAUGUUGACUGUGUUUCACUCAAAGUUGUGUGAAUGUGGUUUAUUAGUUUCCGACUGCUCUUGUGAACAUGCAAGGUCUCUUUCUAGCGUCCUCCAUCUUCUCAUUGCUCACACUUUCUCCUUUCCAAAGCCAUGGCUUAACCUUCCCUGUUUGCAGGCUUGCUCUGUGUCACCCUAUCCCACACUCUUUCACUGGCUGCUCACCCCACAGGGAUGUGCCAGUAAAACCUCCCCUGAUUAAAGGUUCUCCCUUGGGGGCCCAUCAGAGAUCAAUUACACAAUGCCACCUGCUUUAAGAAAACACUUGCCUCACCCAUCUCAGACUUUCCAGCAGGACUCAUCUUCAGGACUGCUGCGAUUCCCAGAGCCCAUGAUGGCCCUGUGUACAAAGUUGCUUAGGGCCAAUGCGAGCAUAGACUCAGCAAGCAUCUGGUCCCAAACUCACACUGGACAAAAUAGAGUGCCAAGGCCAGCUCAAGACAUUUUGCUGCCUAAGGCCAAGAUGCUGCCCCUAUUCUACAUGCAGAGGCCAACUGGACUGGUGUGUGAAUCUUGCUUCCACACUGGCUGGUGGGACAGUGUCUUCCUCUGCACCUGAGGGCUUUUUGGGUGGCUGGGUGGACUGCAUGGCAUAGGUGGUUCUGUCUGAUCCAUAGCCCUCAGCAUCUGCUGCCUGAGGUCUCCUGCCUCACUCUGCCUAAUGGUAGAGCUGGUCCUUGAUGCUGGCCCCAUACUUGUGGAAUCCCAUCUGAAGGGAUAUAGGGCUGGCUCUAUCAUCACUAGCUUUUGAACCAGCCUUGAAAACCCACUUGCUUCCAUCUGCUUUCAGCUGAAACGUUGAGCUGAGUUUUUAGCAUCCUAUUGUUUAAACAGCAUUUGACUUCCUUGCAAUUGUUUUAAAUGUUACAGGAUGUACGUGUGUGCCCGCUGGGGCUGCCUAAUGCCUUUAGAUGGCUAUUUUAGUUUAUAUAAGUUAGUUAAUAUAAGUGGAUGGUUUUCGUUUUGAUAUUUUCAAGUAUGUAUGUGGGCCGCAUUGGAUUGAGAGGCUUUUACCCUGAGGGGGCAAUCUAGAAAUAUUCAAAAUAAAUUAAUAAAAUGAAUAUGGCAGGAAAGGGAAGAAGACUCAUUCCUUUCCCCUUCAGCUACCCUACAACUGAGUCCACGUCUCCCCCCAAAAGCCCCACCCCUCGGCUGGCCUCACUUCCAGCUCUGGAACCCAAUGAGGGAGGGGAGACAUUUUAAAAUAACCAAGGGGAUCUGCAAGGAUGACCCAGGGCUAAGGAAGGAGUAAGUGCCUCCUCAUAGCCACCAAUCCCUCUCAAACCUCACCCCCACCCCACCCCAGGUACUGUCACUGGAAACCCAUUGUUUCCUUCGCAUGCUUAUAGUUGUGUGAUAUAUUUGGUUGGGAGCCUUAUAACUUUCAUGGCGCAGGUGAAAAAGAUUCUGGGGGGAUAUUUUGUACUGGAAAACAACAGGAGGGGGAAGGGGGAAGCUGCUGCCUCUCCCUGCCUGCCCUCCUUCUGCUUAGACACAGCCUCCUCCUGCCCUGGCUCUUUGGGUUGAAAAACAAAGUGGAGGAGGAAUGGAUCACUAGAGCCUCUGUCUGGCAGGGGUAACUGCCCUGUGGCCCUCCAGAAGUCAUUGGACUCCAAUUUCCGUUAGCCCCUGCAGCCUGCAUUGCCAGUUGGCUGGGAUGAUGAGAGCCAAACAUAUCUGGAGCGCCACAGGGUGCCCUCCGCUUUCCACCCCACCCCACUGCCCACUCUAUAGUUCACAAGCUGAGAAACAGCAGGCCUCAGUGCUGGUCUAUCAAAACACCAAACAGCAGGUGUCUGUUUCUUCCAUAUUGUCAAGUGUGCCAAAAGCACAUUUUGCCUCAGGAUAUUCUGAAGGGAGUCUGUUACACAUUCAGUUUUCUUCUGAUGGAGGAGCAGACCACUGACAACCCAGUUUAUUUAAGUGCUAUUUCUUGUUAAAUCCAAGUAAACAUUUGAAAGGCAUUUUACAUAUACAGUGGUACCUCGGGUUACAUACGCUUCAGGUUACAGACGCUUCAGGUUACAGACUCUGCUAACCCAGAAAUAGUACCUCGGGUUAAGAACUUUGCUUCAGGAUGAGAACAGAAAUCACACGGUGGUGGCGCGGCAGCCGCGGGAGGCCCCAUGAGCUAAAGUGGUGCUUCAGGUUAAGAACAGUUUCAUGUUGGAGUGAGACUGAGUUGAGAAAUAAGACUAAGAGCACAUAUUGAUAUAGGAAUGUAUUAGAUAAUAUGUAAAGAAAUUUACAGUGGUACCUCGGGUUAAGUACUUAAUUCAUUCCGGAGGUCCGUUCUUAACCUGAAACUGUUCUUAACCUGAAGCACCACUUUAGCUAACGGAGCCUCCCGCUGCCGCCGCACCACCGGAGCACAAUUUCUGUUCUCAUCCUGAAGCAAAGUUCUUAACCUGAAGCACUAUUUCUGGGUUAGGAGAGUCUGUAACCUGAAGCAUCUGUAACCUGAAGCAUAUGUAACCCGAGGUACCACUGUAUAAUAAGAAGAGUACAUUCAUUUGUAAAAAAGGAAUAUACAAUGGGAAAGACAGGAAGUCUAGUAUGUUGGUAUAUAUAUGAUUUUUGGAAAAAUUUGUUUUUUUCUUUGUUCUUUCUUUUUUUGUUUGUUUAAUUUUCUUUUUAGGUACCGGUAUAUAAAAUUUGUAUAUAAUUUUUGUAUACAUGUUGGAAAUUAUAGUAAGUCCUGUAAUGUAAUAUGACAAUGUUUACUGAUGUAAUAUAAGAAUGUUAAUAAAUAAAUAAAAUGCAAAAAAAGAGAACAGCUUCAGGUUAAGAACGGACCUCCGGAACGAAUUAAGUAUGUAACCAGAGGUACCACUGUAUUUCUUAAAAAAAUAAAAAUAAAGCCUGUAUCUCCACAAUUAGAUAGAUUGGGCCACAAUAAAAAAUCCAAAAUCCACAGUUCGAUGAUGCCAUUAAUAGGACCAAUCAAAAUGUCCACAAAAGAGUCUGCAAGGCUUUUGAGUUAUCCAAACUCUUCAUAGAUAGUUAAAAAAAAAAUAUGCAGGCAGGCAACAGGAAGGUAAGAUGGUUUGUGGUGAAGCUCUCUAAAUCUGGUAGGAGUCAAGGUGGAGCAGAUGCUGAAAUGAAGUUCUGUUUGCUUUGCCUAGGAAGGUUGACUGCUGGGAAGGAGAAGCAUAUCAGGGCAGAUUCCCUACUUCUGGCUAUGCAACAACCCAUUCUGCGGUGGCGGUUAGAGAAUUGGACUCAGACUGGGGGGAAACCUUGGUUCAAAUUGCCACUUAGCCAUGAAACUCUUGCAGCCUAACCUACCUCACAGGAUUGUUGUGAGGGAAAGAGAACCGCAUACACCACUCAGCUCCUUGGAAGAAGAGUUGCAAUACUGAUAUCAACAGCAAAAGCCCUGAAAAUUGCAAGGCAUGAUCAGAGUUCUAACGUGUAAAGGGGUUUGAGUAAGGGAUUUAAAAAGUGCUAUGUAUUUCAAGUUUGCAUAUAAAAUCCCAGCUUGGUUUAUACUGCAAUUCAGAGCCAAGGACAGCAUUUUUGAAAAGCUGAGGUUUACGGCUGUGCAGCAGGCCAGAACAAGGCAAAAGAAUAAUUAACUACCACAUUAUUUUGAUUUAUUGCCUUUGUUACAGGCUCCAUUUUGAAUGGGCUCUCCUCCAAUAGUUCAUCUAUUACUGGCUGAAUGAUGGCAUUGAUGGAGCUUAUCAAUUUUGGUUUUAUAAAAUGCUGUGUCUAUCUAUUAUCCUUCUCGCUGCACUCCCAAAUAGAAUGCUGAUAUUGGAUUUCAGCCCAGGAGUCAGAAUGAUGACUGGGCUGCCCACUGUGCAAACAGGACAGGCAACAGCCAGCCCUCCUGCCUACCCAGGUGCCCAUUGGAGGAGAAAUGGGCGAAGCACUGCCAGCUGCUUUGCUUCUCCUGGACCUGGGAAAAGGGGGCCCAGCAGUUGCCCAUGCAGGCUGUUUUCUUGUGCCACAAGUAGCUGGAAAAGGUCAGGGUGGAAGAGGGAGUGCCAGGGGAGUUCAGGGCUGGCCAAAUUGCGUUUUUAUUUUGACAAUUAAUAUACCGCUUAAUUACAACUGUAGGUAGUUAAUGGGUAACUCGAAACAAAACAAAAAGAAGAACAAGACAGUUUACCCAGCAUGAUCAGGAUCGUCUUUUCAUUAAUUGAUCUGUGUUGCAUUUAUGGGAGGGGACAAUAAAUUGUUCGCAAGGAUAUUGGGAGAAUUAAAGAAAACCAUGCUCCCCACCCAUCCCAGCUCCUCUCAUACUACCGUGUCCUGCAACAUUGCAUCAUCUCAAGGACCACAGAUGCAUAUUUGGGCGAUAGGCAGCUUUUUAACUCCCAGGCAAAUCUUGUGAAGGUGUCCUUUCUGAGGGCUACAUGCCUACAAAGGACUGGAGGGUCACAAAGUGUAUACCAGGGCUGCUAGUAGUGUUCCCAUCGGAUGCUCAGGAGGCGUCCAGUGAAAUCCUCUGGCAACCACUCUUCUGAGUCCUAAAGGAAACAGACAUGCUUAUUAAUGAAAGCAAUCCACAGUCUGAAAGCAGAACAAAUUAGAACCCUUACACCUCCAUCGUGAGAUAAGCUAGGGAUGCCCACAUAAAAGCCAUGGGAGAGGUUGCCAGGGAUUCAGAGUGUAAGGCAGGCAUAGGCAAACUCGGCCUUCCAGAUGUUUUGGGACUACAACUCCCAUCAUCCCUAGCUAACAGGACCAGUGGUCAGGGAUGAUGGGAAUUGUAGUCUCAAAAACAUCUAGAGGGCUGAGUUUGCCUAUGCCUGGUGUAAGGUCACCAGUACAAGGAAAGCAUCCAGCUCUUUCUCUCUCUCUCUGCUUUCCCUCUUGCUCCCGAAAGCCUCUUGGGGCUCUGAACCAGCUGUGUGGCCUAGGGGGAGUCCAAAGGGCUAAUUUUGGCUCUCCAGCCUGAGGCUGUUUCUCCUUUGAAGCUGGUGGCUGAAGUCCAAAGGCUUAGAAAGAGACACAUUGAACAUUCAGACCCUCCUGUUUAUAAAUGUUGAUAACUGUGCAUGUCUGAUGUUAUGAAACUUUAGUGUUGCAGUUUCCCCUAACACCUCAUGAAAAGCCAUCCUGCACCCGGUAAUACUGUACAUCGAAGUAAGGCUUGGUACCUUCCCAAAAUCACAGUUCUCCAAUGGCACUCUAUUGGAAGGAGCCAUCACAGUUUGUGUUGAUGGUGCGGAAGACAUUAUGUGCCCUUCUGCCUUCCUGGCUGACUUGUAUGAGACCCUCUUUUGAGAGGCUAAUCAGGUCCCCGGAUGGCCUGCAGGGCAUUAGCAUAGCAGAACUUUUUGCAAGGAAUUAAAAAAUGCAUUGACUGUUUUAGUAAGUCAGGUCUUAUAAGAGCCUUGCUUCAGCUGACCUAAUUUGGUGAGACUUCUCUAGGAGUAUGAAUAAAUGCAUAUUAAGCCUCCUUGUCUAUUCAUGAGAAAUACCAUUAAAAGAUGUUUUUCAGAACACUCAUUUCCAUCCUGCUUGGGAUCCCCAGAGUUGGAAGGGACACUUGCAGGCCUUCUAGAGCAAGAUUCUGGGUUCAAAGUGUAGCUCUGUAGAAGACGGAGCCUCCACAGACACUCCUUCUCACUGCUGGAGGAUUCAGCCAAAUUCCGCUCUUCAGUGUGCCUAUUAAAGAUUCACGAGCCCGUCCCACACCCUUGGGCAUGAGGGCUAUGCUCUGCCGCCAUGGUCGGAGGCAGUAAUGCUUGGAAUACUCAAGUCCUGCUUGCCAGUUUCCCCAUUGGCCUGAUCCAGCAGGCUCUUCUUAUGUUCUAUAUCGUGAGAGGAAUAAUCUAACCAAAUCAUAAUCAAUUGCUUCUUGUGUUACCUUUGCUGGUUACAGGUGUUUAGCUGUUCUUCUUCUUACCCUGCUUUAAUUAUCUUCAAAUCAGAAAGAGUGUUUUCAGACCUUCUUAAUGACUCAUGCUUUUCACAUGGACCAGUUGACUUGCCACAGCUCCAUGCACGCAGCUGUGGUGUUGCAUAUGCAUCUGCCAUACCUGGGUUCAAGUAGCCACUGAGCUGCAUAUUCUGAGGCAGCUUCAAGCAAGUUGUCUCAGUUCCCCUUUCUUAAAAUGGGUUCCUUAGCAUCUUCCCUCACAGGGUUCUUGUUAGAGUGAAGGUUUGCCGUGUAUUUUCCCCAGUUAACCGAAAGGUUUAACAAUAGAGAGGUUUGUAAAACUGACUGCAACCUGGUAGGUAGCCCCUAAGGAAGAGACUUUAACAAUCUAGACUAAGCCAUUGUUAUCUGGAAUGUCCUUAGUCUCAUUCAAGAUAAGAAGUGAAGAGGGCCUCUGUCCUUCAAAAAGAAGCUUGCCAAGCCAAGCAGCAGCAACUGUAGAGAAAUCAGAGUGAGCUCUGUGCCAUUUAAUAAGGGCUUUGCUGGGCAGCUUGUUUCUAUAUGAAAGAGUUUUCUGCUGCUUUGAAAAACCCUCGUCCAAAUGAUUUUUAAGGGAUGCCAUAUGAAAACCAGAAUUUUUUGGACUCCCUGCAGAAUGAGGCCCAGUAGGUAUAACCAUGCCUUUCCUUUUAAUUCUUUGAUAUUUGAGCCUCUACCAUUAAAUUCUUUUAAACAAUAUUUGAAAGUGUACUCAAAGAAAAGCACAAAAGAGAAAUGUUCAAGUCAGAAAGGCGGAAACUUUCAUAGAGGAAAGAGGGAAUUAGAAAGCCUUUGGCCUGCUGAGCCAGCUUUCUAUUGGCAGAGUGUUUGCAACACAGGGAGCAGACAGAUAUGUCAGCCAUUGAGACAGAAAUUAGCAGCUAAUUGGACAAGCUGCUUGAUGGUGACCAAACCAGCUCCUCCCAAAUUCAUUCAUUGUCAGCUAGGAGUGUGGAGGGGGGUACCUCAGUUCCUUACUGGAGAAUCUGGCCUCUCACUGAGAGUCAGGUGUGGAUUCUUAGUUCUGCUGAAACAGAUGAAAUAUUGUGCUGCAUAAAAGGUGGUGAUUUCUGUAUUUAAAUGAAUUUAUAUAACUGGGAAGUUAACCUCCCCUCCCUCAUUGGGCCGCACUGUCAAUUCUUGGUUAGUCUCCCUUGGCUAAAUGUUGCCAGCCAUGAAGGAUCCAGGGUCCAGCGGGCAUAUGGGAGGCUACACCCCCCUCCAAGCACCUGGUCCACAUACUCAGGUUGCAAUAACUGAAAUGUAUUCUACAAAUUUAAGUGACACAACUGCAGAAUUCUUGAUACCCAAGUCAUGGCAGAUCCAAAAGGGUGUGGGUGUGUUUGGCCUCAGUGUCUUACAAAUGUGCCACCACUUACUUCCAUGAGCUCUCUUGCAUCUUCUUGUGGGCCAAGAUGGAGCAUAGACCCUGAACCACUCAGAAAAAAUGGUGUUGGGUUUACUUAUUUAAUUAAACUUAUACCCUACUUUUCACUACAUCUGGGUCUCAAAGGGGCCUUAUAGAAUGACACAUCUCACAGGCUUCAGCGGGAGCACCCACAGCAUCAGCCAGAAACUUCCCUAGUAGGGCUCUCAGAAAUACCUCAGAAAUCAACCUCAGAGCAGAGUGGUGUCCUUUAAUGCCCAGCACUAAGUCCCAAUACUUAAAAACUGCAUCCUACCAUAAGGGAGAUGGAGAUGUAAUCCCUGUUAGUGACAGCUACUCCCUCUCUGCAACCCCACAAGCCUACAUUAGUGCUGCGCAGAGAACUCAGGAGGCUAAGUCUGAGAAGGAUCCACUCUUUCUAGCCCAUCCACUUUGGUCUUAUUAUUGAAUGCCAGGUUGGCUCCUACAUUAGUGAUUCAAUCCUGGGUGGCAGAGGCUGUCUACACAAGGUAAUUUAAGAUGGACUCAAGGCAUUUCGUGUGUGCAUGUUUUCCACAUUGUCCAACACAAGAUUUUCCUCAUUCAAGCAGCAGCCCACACUCCCCCUCCCUCAUUUAAUUCAAGUUUUCCUGAUUAGCAGACAAAUUGGUAAGCAAAAAAAAUCCAACAUAUAAUUGCUUGUUACUCAACUGCGGACAUACGAAAGAGCAUUGUGUGGGUGGUUUGUUUUGGGGUUUUUUACAUGUGUGUUGACAUUUUGCUGUGUGCCAUCAGGGCUGCCAACAGUUGGCAGAAAGGGUCAGAUCUGGGGGGACCUCAAGGCCAGCAGAGCCCCUGGUUGCUUAGCCUUGGGGUUUUUUUUAAAAAGUAACUUCCUCCAUUCUCUAGAUCAGAAGAUAUGAGCCAAUCCAUUAACACCUCCACCCCUGUGUCACAGUUUCUGUGAACUGAGCUAGUCUUUUUGGUGGACUCUACUUUGCAGGGUUCUAGCUAAUGAAUGGCAAGUGACCUUUUUGGACAUCAUCAGGAGGAACUAGGAAAUCUUAGAGCUGCCUGUUCCUGCUUCUGUAUCCUUGCUGCCCAGAUACUGCAUAGAAUGGGGAAGGGGGUGCACACAUCACAGGCGUUGAGUGAGUUUUUGGCUUUCAGCAGUGGCACCACAUGUGCCUGCCCUCCCACUGUGUACUCUCUGUGUACAUCCAGUAGGAGUUCCAGAAAAUCAAAGAACACAUAUAGGCAGCAUCUUGGUAGGCACAUACAUUUAACAAUUUCUGUGGUGGUUAUAACAAAAAUGUACACACACACACUUUUUUCUUAUUUGCAAUCAUGUUUUUUGAAGAGAAAUAUAAAAGUGUAAAUGCAGCUUAUGAUGCCUUUAAAAUGUGUUGAUAUUUUCUUCUUCUAAACAUAAUGAGCUAUACAAGUUUAAUUUUUCCUGGGCUGCUGAAUAGGGCAGUUUAUUUGUCUAUUUCAUAGCCUGUUUUUAAUCUAGUCCUGGCAUCCUGUAUUAACUUUUCUGGGAGUAAGUCUGCAAUCCUCAUUCCAUUUACCUGGGAGUAAACACUAUUAGAUUCAACAGGAUUUACUUUUGAGCAGACAUGAUUAGGAUUCUGCUGUACUUUUGAGUAGAUCUAGGAUUAUGUUGUUAAUCUCUCCCUUUCUCCCUCCAAUCCUAAAUUUUAAAACAAUUACGCAGGGACUACUUAGGUGUCACUGAUGUCACUUGGCAAGAAACUAAUACUAAUUUUUAAAUAAUUAUUCUGCAGUGACCAACUGGUUUUGACAGUAAAUAUGUGGUGCAUGUAUUUUACAUUUCCAAUGUUGGAAAGCUUUUUGUUUUGUUUUUGGCAUUUUGCUGUAAAAUAUCAGGGCUAUGAAAUGGUGCCGCUAAAGCAAGGGAGAGGCUGUUUUUCUGGCUUUGUGAAGGUGUGUAUUUCUUGACAUGAACGGCAGUACAUGUUUGUAUCUUGAUUAGCCUGCUGUUUUGUGCAAGUCUGGCAUUUCAGAAAAUUUGUAGCUCAAAAAAAUAAAAUAAUUGUGCCCCCCAAAAAACUAAUGCCUCUAGGCAUGCCCUCAAUGGACCUCAAGCUUCCAGAACUCAGGGAGGGCAGAGGAAGUACUAACUGAGGGGAGGGGAAAACAUACCCCAUCAAGCACAACCCACUAGUGUGGAUAGGAAAAACUGAGGCAGAGUUCAACUGAAAGCUCGCAUUUGUGAAUGAAUGUGCACAAAAGUACACAUGGAAGGCUCUGAUCUGUGGCACUCAUGUGUGCAUGGACACUGGUGUGUACAGAGCCUGACCUGGCAUGUCAGUGUGGAAACAUCUUUGGUGGGGAAGUGAAGCCAUGGCUGGAUGAAAGGGGUAGCACAGGUCACGUUGAUUUGUUACUCAAAGCAAGACGAGAGAUGCCUUCUGCUAUCCUUUUUUCCAGCUUUGGAUGCUCCUUAUUGCUCCCUUUGUGCUUCUUCUUUCAGGAAACGGCUACAUUGAAGGCAAAGAACUGGAAAGCUUCUUCCAAGAGCUAGAGAGCGCCAGGAAGGGAGCAGGAAUGGUAAUGACCUGUGCAUUUUCUUUCUCCCGUCCAUUAACUUCUGCUUCUAUUCCUGUUUUCAGCUUAAAGAGGCUGUCCUGUGCUCAUUUACUUGGGAGUAAGCAUCUAGCUUGACCCCUGAAAGAAAGGGCUAAACUGGGCUUUAAAGUUUGCAUUGCUGUAAUUUUUGCCUUUGGGUUAAUCAAAAUGUCUUAUUCUUAUUAUUCAACACUGUUGCUUUAUUGCAAAGGUUGGGGGAACCUGUGGCCCCCAGAGGUGUUUCUGAGUGACAACUUCUGUUACAUCUGUGUUUUGGGGAUUUUAAAAGCAAAGCCUGCUGGGGACGGGGCUGCACUCAGGUGUAUGGAUCCCAAGUGGGACGCAGGUGGCGCUGUGAUCUAAACCACUGGGCCUUGGGCUUGACGAUCAGAAGGUUGGUGGUUCAAAUCCCCGCGACGGGGUGAGCUCCUGUUGCUCUGUCUCUGCUCCUGCCAACCUAGCAGUUCGAAAGCACGUCAAAGGGCAAGCAGAUAAAUAGGUACCACUCCGGUGGGAAGGUAAAUGGCGUUUCUGUGUGCUGCUCUGGUUUGCCACAUGACCCAGAAGUUGUCUGAGGACAAACGCCGGCUCCCUCAGCCUAUAGAGCGAGAUGAGCGCCGCAACCCCAGAGUCAUCCGCAACUGGAUGUAACGGUCAGGGGUACCUUUACCUUUAUGGAUCCCAAAUGCCAUUUCUCCUUGAAAUGCACCUCGCCUGCUGGUCUGGGAACAGGACAGAGCCCAGAAGUGGCUCUGUUUCUCCCCACCCACCAAGCUGAGCCUGCAUCAGAGGAGUAAGCCGUGCCCCCUCUUUUCUCAGGAAUCGAAAAAUGUCAAUGUUGCAGAGAAGAUGCAGGAGUUCAUGCGGAAAUACGACAAGAACGCCGAUGGGAAAAUUGAAAUGUCUGAGGUGAGCUGUGUGACACCCUCCCCCCUGCAGAAGUCCAGAAGCCCCCUGCCCUGAAGAGGGUGUGAGCCUGUGAAUUCGCCAGAAUCCUCACCCCUCUCUGCAUGAUGACUGCUCUGAGUCUGCCUAUAUGCAGGCAGGGACAAACUCAGCAAAGGGGAAAUGCUGCAGAUCUCCUGACGGGAAGAAGAUUGCCCCUCUUGCCACUGCCAUCUCUCUUUGCUGCUCUUGUGUGUGGUGUAGUGGUUAAGAGCGAUAGACUCAUAAUCUGGGGAACCGGGUUCAAGUCUCCGCUCCUCCACAUGCAGCUGCUGGGUGACCUUGGGCUAGUCACACUUCUCUGAAGUCUCUCAGCCUCACUCAUCUCACAGAGUGUUUGUUGUGGGGGAGGAAGGGAAAGGAGAAUGUUAGCCACUUUGAGACUCCUUCGGGUAGUGAUAAAGCGGGAUAUCAAAUCCAAACCCUUCUUCUUCUCCUCUUACUCUCUGGGCCAAAUCCUCACCUUUCCUCAGGAGGGCAAGAGGAGGUGGCUGAUCUCCACACUGUUGUUGCUGUUUGCCUCAGCCCUGCUAGAGCUGCCUUCCCCCAGCUGGUGCCUUCCAGUGGUUCUGAGCUACAACUCCUAUCAGUCCUCAUCAGCAUGGUUAUGCUCCCCUAAGUCCCAGGAUCCUAUGGCUGGGACUGGCAGGAGUUGUAGUCCAAGACAUCUGGAGGGCACCAGCUUGGGGAAGGCUGUACUAAAGCCUUGGAGAAUGCAGAACAGUGGGCAGCAAGAGCCAGAGGAAGCCCAUCUAGCAUAAUACCAAGCGGCCACCAUGGCUUUCCAGGGUGAAUCAGAGGGGAUAUUCCCAGCCCCACCUAGAGUUGCCACUGGAAUUUGAAUACGGGACCUUCUGCAGGCCAUGCAGGUGCUGUAUCCCUAAGCUUUUCCCUCCAGAGGCUGUUCAAGCUGCCCUGCAACUGCUACAUAAAUAACAAAAAUGUGUGUGUUAAGUGCAUUCGUACAAUGGACAUCAUAUCCAUAGUUUUGGAGAUGUAGUUUGGAGACACGGAGCAAUGGAUCCAAACUACAAGAAAGAAGAUUCCACCUAAACAUUAGGAAGAACUUCCUGACAGUUAGAGCUGUUCGACAGUGGAAUUUGCUGCCAAGGAGUGUGGUGGAGUCUCCUUCUUUGGAGGUCUUUAAGCAGAGGCUUGACAACCAUAUGUCAGGAGUGCUCUGAUGGUGUUUCCUGCUUGGCAGGGGGUUGGACUCGAUGGCCCUUGUGGUCUCUUCCAACUCUAUGAUUCGAUGAUUCUACGAUAUCUAGUUUGGCCCUUGGUUGUUCUGAGGAAUCCUCUUGAGCAUAUUUCUCAGCAGCUUCCCUAAUCUGGAUUAUGCUGUUCUAAUACCAGCCAUUUUACCCUGUGACCAGGAGUCCUUUGGAGUGCCAACAGUUCAUUUCAGUGAUCUAAAGUGGGCUUGCUCCAAAACUGUCCAAGUUGAACUUCUCCCUAUAUUCUUUCCUAGAAAAAUGGCAAGACAGAAGGUCAGGGGAAAGGAGACCAGGAACAUACUUCUAAGCAGUUGUUGUUGAUAUCGUCUGCUGUUCUCAACCAGUUUCUCUCUCUGAAGUUGACUUGCCUUUCUUGUCUCUUUCUCCUCCCCCACCCCCACCCAGCUGGCACAGAUUUUGCCCACAGAGGAGAACUUCCUGCUGUGUUUCCGGCAGCACGUUGGCUCCAGUGCCGAAUUCAUGGAGGUAAGAAGAACUUGGCUCCUGCUAUCUCAUUUGGGGCUCCUCCAGACUGUGGUGGGUUUUGUUCUUAGCAGGUGAAUUUUGCAAGAUGCUGCUGACGCUGUAGGGGUGAUUGGUAGUGGAUUUGUACUGGGCCAUCCACAUCAAUCUGCUUCGUUAGUUAUUCUGUGUUGCUUCCCCAGUGUUAUUACAUUAUUGCCAUCUGGAAAGGCCCUCUUGCACUGCAGAGCACCGAGAGCAGGACAAAAAAUACACAAUAACAUUUGUCAUAUGAAAAGUUACAGGAUUUCAGCUCUGAGAUAGGCACCAACUGGAAACGGGCCAGCCUGUUCGCCCCAGAACUUUUGCUACAGGGCUACGGCCCACUUAGUGAAGCAGAGGAGGCCAGGCCAGCAGGGCUGUCAUAAGGUUGGCAUUGGGCAACUUCUCCCUGGAAGCAAAUAGGUGCUGUCUGCCCUAGAGGCACAUAAAUAAAUAAAAAUGCUACUGAUAUGUCGUCAUCUUGAGACAUACAUCCAACAGCUGUGAAACAGCGAUCCAUCCAAGCAAUUAAAAUGAAUAAUAGGAAAUGAAUACCGUGUUGGGAAAUGAAACUGGAGUCCAUCUGUUGUUAGCUAAUGGGCAAAUUAAGUUGUGUGACAGGCACAGGCAAUUAAAUAUUAAAAUUGAUCUGCUUAUAAUAAUUUGUGCUUAAAAUAUUCAUUCUUUCAAUAAUGAAGGUGAACCCUUGACACAGCGUUUUCCACUGUGCUGGCCUUUCUCCAGACGAAAACAAUAUUGAGAAUCCUUUCCCACUGAUACUGAAGAUUUGGAAAGCGGUUGCUCUGUGACACAGGAUGGCUCCAAAGACCAUUUCUUAAUUGAUUGAACUGCUCUCUGAUGGAUUUUCAGUUACCGGCUCAUUAUUGCUUUUUCCUAAUCUGCUGAUUCAUUUGUUAUUUUCUUCAUUAUUGGUGCUGCUGCUCCUGCUGUUCUUAGCCACCUUGGGGCAUUUUGUGAGAAGGUGGGUUAUAAAUCCCAAAAUGUAUAAAAAUCAAUAUAAAUGCAAUUGUUGUGACAAAUCUGUGCUCUUUCCAUUGCAGGCUUGGCGGAAGUAUGAUACCGAUCGCAGUGGCUACAUCGAAGCCAAUGAGCUCAAGGUGGGCUGAGCUGAGGUCAGGGCUAGGGGAAGAUAGAACCAGAUGCAAAAUGGCUCACAGGGAUAAACAUCUUUUAAAAGUUAAUGCCAAUUGCAUACUUGCAUGCACACACACACAUUUUCUAAUGCACAAAUAGCCUCUAUGCAAUAUCAGUGCUCCCUUCUCUUCAUAGCAAAGCACUUCUCUUCAUAGUUGUCAAUUUUUCCCUUUUCUUGCGAGGAAUCCUAUUAGGAAUAAGGGAAUUUCCCUUUAAAAAAGGGAAACAUUGACAGCUAUGCUUCUCUUUGGUUUUCAGUACUCUUUGUAAUAGCCCUGUAGGGUUGGCUGGUGUUAAGAUGGCCACAUUAUAGGUGGGAGCUGAGGUCGAGAGAGGCUUUCCUGUGCAAGCACAAUGAUGAAGUGAGAUUUGACUCUCCCGGGUAUUUUGUGGCUGGCAAUUCACUCUUUGAAGCACUAUUCUAUAACAACGACCCCCCCUCCCCUGCUCUUCACAAAGCAUCCAUUGAUCACGGCUCUGAUACUGCUGUUGUCCUUAGCACUUGAGGCGUGGCGGAGUGGGAGGAAGAGCAGCAGCACUAAGAGGCGGCUUCAACAAGGAUCCAAACAGUGGCAACAACAUCUUUUGUUUGUGCUGAAAAUGGCCUCCCUAUCCAUCACGUUGCCAUGCUCUUACGUGUUUCCCCAGCUGCAUCCAAAUCUCUGCAUGGAGCAGGCAAGAGGUGUAGACUUUGCAGCAUCUCUUUGCUGUGGACUGAAGGAAUGGAGGGGAAUGGAGCUCCUCCUCAUAGGGAACUCCAAGGACAAAAGAAAGGAUCCGGCAGCUGGAUCAGGCCAAAGUGCCCCUCUCUAGUCUGGCAUGCUGCUCCCACCAUGACCAGCCUGAUGCCUCAGUAGGAAGCCCACCAGCCAGACCUGAGCACAGCAGCAGCUCUCUCCCUGCUUGUGAUUCCCAGCAACUGACAUUCAGAUGCAUACUGCUUCCAACUGUGGAGGAAGAAAAUAGCCUUAGUGGCUAUUGACUGAUCUCCUCCUCUUCCGCCUCCUCCUCCUCCUCCUCCUCCUCCUCCUCCUCCUCCAUGGGUUUGUCUGACCCUCUUCAAAAGCCACCCCCUGCCUGUGGGGUCCCUUCCAACUCUACAGUUCUAUGAUUGUAUGUCACACUGAAAGGCACACUUAUUUACAGUUUCUAGAGCACUUCUCGUGUGCAAAUGCUUCUUGCUCUUUAUUGUCACCACAGCAUUUGCCUCUUACCCCCAUUUUACAAAUCGAGACUCUAAACCAAACAGAAGUCACUUUUGGUCAAGGGAAGAGUCUCUUGUUAAAAGGCAGCGCUGCAGCUUUUAUGCACAGCUCAUUCCACUUCUUACUGUAAUGUCCUGCUAGGAGAUGUCUGGCCUUACUGUGGUGGGAUUCUCUUUGCCUGCUUCCCCUACAGUGUCACGGGGGACUGGGGUCAGUGGUGGUGGUGUUUAUGCAGGAAGGACAGUUGUAGCUGCCUUUUUCAGCAACAGUUGAGUCCUCCCCAGGAUGCCUCAUUUCUUCUGCAUUUCUGUGCUUGCUUCCUAGGACAUCAAGGCCUGUUGAGCUUAUGGUUGAGCUUAGUUUUGAGUGGGCAUGUUUACGAUGGGGCUUUAAAUCAAUCUGCGCCUUCUCAUGCCUUCUCUUUUUGUAGGGAUUUCUUUCGGACUUGCUUGAAAAAGCCAACCGGCCCUACGACGAACCAAAGCUGCAAGAAUAUACACAGACCAUCGUAAGUGCAAGAAGCCCCCUGGGAGUAGGAAGGUCUCCUGUGGGGAUGGAGAGGUCCAUUGCUCAACUCCAGAACUGCCUGCAGGCUUCCUCUGUCCCCCAUAGGCUGUAUCCCCCAAAAGCUCCUGCCACAACUAAUUAGUUAGGCUUUAAAAGUGCCCUCUCUGGCUGCAGUCCACAUCAGCUUUCUUCAACCUGGUGCCCUCCAGAUGUUUUAGACUACAACUCCUAACCUUGGAAAGUUUGUUUUGUUUUUCCAAAGACACCAGAAGUGUCUUCCGUUUUCUUUUUUCCAAGGGAAUCUGGAGAAGAGGAAGCAAGUAGGCUUCUUCAGGGACUGCUGUGCUACCUCUGCCGAUUUCAGCAGAGGCUGUGUUCACACUCUGAUUGACUGUGCACUCCCAGCAGAUCCAGUUCUGGGUUUUUAAUCUGUGGUCGUUAUGCCAAAUGCAUGUGUAUUCUGUCCUUCAUUAUAAAAUGCUACUGUUUGAUGCCAUUGUUUCACAAACAGCUUCAUACUGACUGGGGUCCUUGAGCCGCAGCCAAGGUGCAAAAACACCUUUGCAUGGGGUAGAGACAUCGCUGCCCUGUCAAUGCCCACUAGUGUGUACACAAACAGAAACAAGUCUGACACAAAUGAAGCUGUGCUGAUUUGAACAGCUAAAGGAGAAAGAGCUGUGAAAUGCAGCUUCACUGCACUUUAAGGUGGUAAUAUGAAUACACUUCACAUUGCAUUGCAUUGCAUUGCAGAGGGGCAAUGAAAAGAGGCCACCUGGUAGGAGCCACCCAGAGUCAGGGGUGGAGGAAGGAGGGUGCAGUGGGUGCAGUCUGCCCUGGGUGUCACCACUGAGGGGGGUGACGAAAUGCCGGGUGGCACUCACCGCAGGGCCUGCAACACGCCCAAGCCACGCAUCUCUCCUGGGAGAGAUGUGGUGGCUUGGGUGCACGUAGGCUCCGUGCUGCCCAAAUGGUCCGCCCACUGCCUCCCCCCCAGCUGUAGGGCAGCUGAGUGGGAGGAGGCAGGCAGACUCUGGAGGCCCUGUGGUGCCUGUUGAUUUAAAGCAGAGUCUGUCGUGCCCAGCGGAAGGAUGAGGAAUACGUGAUACAUACUCUAUAUUGCUUUAUUUACAGUUCAAAGCUGGUAUAUUACAGAAAGACAUCUUGCCUCUGCAAGAGCAGAAAAAUGCAUCCUCUCUCCUCGACAGCUUGGAGAGAAAAACACAGUGAAAAACAGGAAACCAGUGUACGUCACAUCCAGUCUCCCUUUCCCGUGAGAAACUCCAACAGUACAGACUGUGGAAUGUAAACACCUGUCUUGUGACUGCAGUUGCUGCUCAGUGAAGGAAAUAGAAACCAACAUCCUCCCCUUUCUGUGAACAUCACUGGGCAGCGUGUUCGUACAGUAUCAGUACAAACCCAACUUCUGCACAUAGGUACAGUGUUGAUCCCUUGAUACAAUCCUGGACAAUACAUCAGCAGGAAUUUCAUUACCUGACAUAUAGGACACCGUUACGAGUCCCUUCUGAAUACAUUCCCUAGCAUGCUGCAACUUUAAUUGCAAGUGCUUUGUGCUUUGCUUACAACCUUCAGACUUUAGCAAAGCCAAACAUGCUUUGUUGUCCUGGUAAACCUGGAUUGGACAUUUGACAGGAAUUUUCAUAUCUUUGCACAAUUGUACUAACCAUUCAUAAUCCUUAAGUGAAUAAGACAGUGCAUUCAGUUCAGCUUCACAAGUACUUAAGCUAACUGUUGUUUGCUUCUUGCAUGACCAAUCAAACAGACUCUGAUUGUACAUGUAGCAAACUCCAGACGUACUUUUCCUGUCUGUAGUGUCACUUCCAAAACUUGCAUCUGCAAAUAUCUCAAGACCACCAGACUUCUGAUUGUUAAAUCUCAGUCUGUAAUGCAUAGUGCCUUUCAAAUACCGCGCUAUGCGUUUCAGAGCUUUCCAAUCCUUGACACUAGGAUUGUUGACUUGUCUGCUUAGCAAAUUACAGCUAACAGCAAUGUCUGGUCUUGAACAUCUGGCAAUGAAGUUUAGCUUGCCUAGCACACUCCUGUACAGUGUAGUGUCAGAAAAUGCUUCUUCAGUGUCAUCUACCUGAUAACCUGUUGUCAUCGGUGUGUCUACAGGGUUAGCAUCCAUCAGAUUUAGUUUGCUUAACACAUCAGCAAUUUUCCGUGACUGGUGUACUAGAAUGUUACCAUCUUGAUUUCUCUCUAUUUCCAGAGAUAGGUAGUUGUUUACCUCACCAAGAUCUUUCAUGUCAAAGUGCUCUUUCAGUUGAGCUAGGGCGCUAUUGUACAUUGCAACAUCUUUCCAAAAGAAUAAUAAAUCAUCAACAUAAAACAAACAGUACAGUUUCUUUUGCCCCUCCUCUUUGACAAAUACACAUGGAUCAGCUUUCCCUUGCUGAAAACCUAGAGAAAACAAUACUUCAGUGAGUUUUGUGUGCCAACACCGUGCACUUUGUUUGAGACCAUAAAGGGAUUUCUUCAGAGCACAAACAAAUCCCUGUUUUACCUGUACGCCAUCAGGUGGAAGCAUAUAAAGUGAUUCAUCUAGAGAUCCGUACAGAAAAGCUGUAUUAAUAUCAUGGUGACUAAUGUGUAGAUUUUCCUCUGCAGCUAGCUUGAGCAUAAGCCUAAUGCUUUCAUAUCUCACUGUGGGUGAAUAGGUCUCGUGAUAGUCUUCACCUGGUACCUGUGCAAAACCUCUGGCUACCAAUCUGGCUUUGUGUCUGACUAUCUUGCCAUUUUGAUCUGUCUUCGCUUUGAAGACCCAUUUGCUUCCAAGCAGUUUCAUUCCUGGAACUACUGGAACUAGCUCCCAUGUUUUGUUCCUUUCUAAGGAAUCAAGCUCAGCCUUCAUGGCAUUUAACCAUGGCUCAGCUUCCUUUGAAUCCAAACCCUGGAUUUCUUGGAAACUUGAAGGUUCAAAUACCUUCUUGGAGCUUUUAACAGCUGUUACUGCUAUCGUAGCAAACUCAUCAGCAAAUCUCUUUGGAGGUUUGCUUUUGUGGCUCUCUGUGACCUACGAAUUAGCCUUAAGUCUUCAACACUCUCCUCUUCCUUCUUAGGAGAAAAACGACCUAUUGUGAACAAUGGUUCCUCUAAUUCUUGAUCAGAGCUUUCAGAGGGUCGCAUAGAGGCUUUCGCACUCUCGAAAUCCUCUGAAUCACCCGAUUCAGUUUCAGAUUCAGACUCAGAACCUUCAUCAGUGGGUGUGGGUUGUUGUGGUUGCUUUUGACUAUCCUCAGUUUCAUCACCGUCAUCAGGAUAACAUUGGAAAAUUCCCACAUUCUCCCCCCACUUUGCAUUGUACUCGGCACUUCUCGUGAGCUUAAUUGUCUUAGAGUCAGUCAUCAUUAUUCUGUAAGACCCUUUCUGAUAACCUAGAAAGAUACCAUGCAAUCCACGCUUGUCUAACUUGGAGUUUUGUGGUGAGCGAACCCACAUGUCAGAACCAAAAAUCUUCAUGUGUUUGAUGUAUGGCUUCUUGCCAAACAUCUUCUCAUAGAGGUACAAUCAAUCGCUGAAGAUAAUCUGCGAUUGUAACUGUAAACAAAACACGAGAGAGAUUCGGCCCAAUAACUCUCUGGAAGAUUGGCAUCAUGCAGCAAGGUUUUUAAUCCUUGAAGCAAUGUCUGAUUUGCCCGUUCCGCAAGUCCAUUCUGCCAUGGCGAGCGAGGACUAGACAAAUCGUGUUGAAUUCCUUUCUCAGUCAGAAAAGCUUCAAACUGCUGAGAAGUGAAUUCCCCCCCGCGAUCACUGAAAAGAGUCUUUAUCUUCUUACCAUGCACAUUUUUCAACCAAGCACAGAAUUCCUUGAACCUAGGAAAAGCCUCCGAUUUCUGCUUGAGAUUGUACACAAAAAUAUAUCUAGAAAAUGCUUCAAUGAGAACCAUGAAGUAUCUAUUUCCACCCAAAGAGGGCGCAAGUGGUCCAACCAAAUCAGCAUGAACAACCUGGUAUGGUUCUGUAGCUUUCCUACUAGACACCUUACCUUUCGCAGCCAUUUUCACCUUGUUUGCUGCGCAUGCUUUGCACUUCAUGUGGUACCUGCAGGGUUUAAUAGUCAUACCUUCAACCAAGGCAGGCAUUUUAGAUACUGCCUCAAAAUGCAAAUGACCAAAUUUGCGAUGAAAAUCGUGAAUACAUUCUGCAUGCAAACUUUUGUUAGAACCUGCAAUGCAACAAGUGUCAUCCUGCACCACAUCAUCAUAAUACAAAACAAACAAAUGAUCAACAUAUUCUGCAUGCAAUACAUAAUCAUUUUUCUUUGUGAUGAUGCACUUCUUGUUCUUGAAGGAAACGUCAAUGUUCCGCUCAUUCAGCUGUCCAACGCUGAGCAGAUUAUGUUUGGCGUCUGGCACGUAAAGCACAUUCUGUAUCGAUAAGUCCAAACUGUGAAGAACAACAGUUCCGUAGCCUUUACUGGGAAUAGUGUGGUCAUCCGCCUGGUGAAUCGCACCUUCCUGCGGUGUAAAAGACACAAACAGUCUCUUAUCGUUGCACAUGUGGUGGGUGGCCGCUGAAUCAACAACGAAGAAAGAUCUAGACGUCUUCUGGACCUCUGCAACCUUUGGAGUGAAGCGUGAAACCAUAGCCUUGUGCUGCGUUGUCCUAGACACCGGACCUUUGCCUUUGCCUCGGCCUUUUCUGCGCGAUGAGCUUUCGCUGCGCUGCUCUGUCUUGGCCCUGGGAUGUCUGCAUUCCCUCUUCAUAUGGCCUAGACGUCCACACGAGUUGCAUUUCACUGCCUUCAAAGCUUUGGCGCCAUCUGGUGGUUCCACUGCACUAUGGGAUGACGUCUGUGAAGACUCCCCCUUGCCCAUGCAGCUAGCACCACGGCGAUCUGCUUCAUUUAAAAUCACGGCAGUAACAAAGUCCACUGUCAGCUGAGCAGUUGGUUGUACAGCAAUCUGGGUUGCAACAGACUCCCAACCUGAACCCAAAGAUUGUAGUAUCAUGAAAGAAUACACAGCCUCUGGAAAAUUGAGUCCUCUCUGUUGCAGCUCAUGUCUCAGAUUUUGCAUCUGCAUCAGAUGUAAACGCACAUCUCCACCUUCAGCAAGAGCCAUAUUAUGCAGCUUGUUAAAAUAAUACAUAGUGGAUCCAGCUUCUGUCCUUAAGUGAGCCUCUCUCAGAGCGUCCCAAAUUUCUCUGGCUGAGGUCUUAUCACGCAAUAGACAGAGCUCUUCUGGGGAUACUAUCAAUGUAAGAGUUCCCCUUGCUUUGGAAUCCUUAGCUUCCCAUGCAUCUGUAACUGGAACUGGGGGGGUUUCUGUAAUCACCUCAAACAAACCCUCUUUCCGCAGAAUUCCCUCUGCAUACAGAACCCAGUCGCUGUAAUUUUUCUUGUUGAGCUUAGGAAUCCCACAAGCAUCCUGAAGGGCCAUCAUGACUCUGGCAUUAGCCUUCAGCGUCAUAUGCUGCUUUAAAUCUUGCUGCGUCACUGCUGCAGCUGCUUUAUUACAAAGGCACACUUAAAAGUUACUUUCGAUUUCCCCAGCAUAGUGACUUGUGCCUGGGAGCCUUUUGCCUGUUCCCGGCAAAACCGGCUUUAAAAGUUCAAAGUCCAGCCAUAAAGCCAUUAAUUUGAAGCUGGCAGGCUGCCCGGAGCAGUAGCACAUACCUCAUCAAUCACUUCUACGCGCAGAGCAGAUUCCUUUCCGAUCCGUCCCUCUGCAUUCCGAUCCUUUGCCGGCACUCCGAUUCGACCUCUGGAGUCCAUAACCACGUGUUGAUUUAAAGCAGAGUCUGUCGUGCCCAGCGGAAGGAUGAGGAAUACGUGAUACAUACUCUAUAUUGCUUUAUUUACAGUUCAAAGCUGGUAUAUUACAGAAAGACAUCUUGCCUCUGCAAGAGCAGAAAAAUGCAUCCUCUCUCCUCGACAGCUUGGAGAGAAACACACAGUGAAAAACAGGAAACCAGUGUACGUCACAUCCAGUCUCCCUUUCCCGUGAGAAACUCCAACAGUACAGACUGUGGAAUGUAAACACCUGUCUUGUGACUGCAGUUGCUGCUCAGUGAAGGAAAUAGAAACCAACAGUGCCCCCCGCCCUCGCCCCCGCUCCUAUAGGUGCGCCCCAGGCACCCGAGCGGCUUCCUCCACCGCUGCCCAGAAUGGCUGGGACAACCCAACCAGAUGGGUGGCAUAUAAAUAAUAAAAUUAUUGUUACUCUCAUUAGGAGUGUCUUGUUGCAGGCCAAACCUUUAACUUAGGAGCCACUCACAGACUGUCGCUUUCUGACCCCACAGCUGCGAAUGUUUGACUUGAAUGGGGAUGGGAAGCUCUGCCUGUCGGAGAUGUCACGGUAAGAUUCAUAGAAUCCAUAGGGUUGGAGGGGAUCCCAAGGGUCAUCUCAGUCACCCCCUGAAAUGCAGGAAUCACACCUGACGGAUGGCCGUCCAACCUCUGUUUAAAAAUCUCUAGUGAAUGGGAGUCCACCACUUUCCAAGGGAGUCCAUUGAUCCAUCACAUUGUUAUAAGCCCCAAAAAGCCAAACAUAUUUCUUUGGUUGUCACUUUUCUGGCAGGGAAAACUCUGAUUUUGACUGAGAGUUUGCUGCUCCUGCCCUUCCCAAACAAUGCUCUCAUGCCCUCAGACCUCCCUACACCCCUCCAUAUGGCAGGAAUAAUAUAAGUGUAGAAUCUCUUUUUCUCUGGGCGCAAUCUCCAAUGUACCCUUCCAGUGUGAAUAGUUGAGUUUCUUCCUGAGUAAUCACCAACCUGGUGCUUUCCCUCUGUUUUGGACUACUACAGCUCUCCUCACCCUCAGCCAGCACAGCCAAUGGGAGCUGCAGUCCAAAAGAAUGAGGUGGUAGGCAUUUUCCAGGUUGCGCAAGGCUGGAUCAGUGUGGAAUAGUGGUUAGUGUGUCAGACUAAGAUCCAGGAGACCAGAGUUCAAAUCCUGACUCGCCCACGAAGCACGCUGGGUGACAUUGGCCCAGUUAAAUUUGGCCCGCAGCCUCACCUACCUCACGGUCACACCCAUUUAACCCACAUCUUGAGCAGAGGGGUUUCUUGCCACUUGUCCCUGUAAGAUGACCAUGUUUCAAAAGGACUUCUGAGGCAAAUGUCUCCAAUCCCAGUAAGGCACGGUCCAGUUUCCAACUAUCAUCCCAGCUCCAGAAAUCCACAUUCCAUCUAAAAGUUUGCCCCAAGCAAAAUGCAUCUGGAACUGACAGACAAAACUCACCUAUUCAGAGGUGGUGCUGAUCCCUUUUCUUCCUGGCAAAAGUCACGCUGUACCUUCUUUUGUCUGACAUUAUCCCAUUCAUGUUGCAGACUAUUGCCUGUGCAAGAGAACUUCCUUCUUAAGUUUCAGGUAAAAAAAAGUGGUGGUGGGAUGUUGGUGCGGUUGCUUUCCUACUGUUUAUCUUAAUCCAUGAGUAGGCAAACUAAGGCCCAGGGGCCGGAUCCGGCCCAAUCGCCUUCUAAAUCUGGCCCGCAGACAGUUUCAGAAUCAGCGUAUUUUUACAUGGGUAGAAUGUGUCCUUUUAUUUAAAAUGCAUCUCUGGGUUAUUUGUGGAGCCUGCCUAGUAUUUUUACAUGAGUAGAAUGUGUGCUUUUAUUUAAAAUGCAUCUCUGGGUUAUUUGUGGGGCAUAGGAAUUGGUUCAUCCCCCCCCAAAAAAAUAUAGUCCAGCCCCCCACAAGGUCUGAGGGACAGUGGACCGGCCCCCUGCUGAAAAGGUUUGCUGACCCCUGUCUUAAUCAAUUUCUCUUUCUCAUUUAUUCAGGGAAUGAAGCUAGAUUCCGAUGAAUUCAAUGCUAUCUUUGCAUUUUAUGACAAGGUACAAUAUCUAGAUCUUCACUCACCCCUUCUUCCCUGGCCGGGGGGGGGGGGGGGGCUCAGGGGCCAAAAUGUCUUGGGCUGGCCAUGCAUGGAACUCUCUUCUGGCCCAAAGGAGCCUCAGCUUAGUCUGUUCUCCUUGGGGCAAUGAGUAGGCGUGUGAAGAAAGCCAUUCAGCUGAUUUUGUUUCAACAGUUUGCCAAGUUGACCACUUUGUUCGAAUAAAGUACGGUUUUCCUAUGAUGAUGCUUAUAUUUCCAGGGUUGCAAACAAGAAAGCAGCUAUAAAGCAGAAAAUUUUCAAACAGCUGGGAUGGAGAGUAAGGCUGGUGUGGCUGCAGAUUACAAGUGAAGGAAGAGAAGACUUACAGGGGUGGGGAAUAGUGUGCCUUGAUCUUAUGCGUUGAAAGAAUAGUCUAAUCUUUCUCUAUUAUCUCCUACCAUUAAUAUCCAGGAUGGAAACGGCUUCAUUGAUGAGAAUGAAUUAGAUGCUCUUCUGAAAGAUCUCUAUGAGAAGAACAAGAAAGUGAGUGCAUAAGGUGGUGUGUGUGUGUGGGUGUGUGUGUGUGUGUGUGUGUGUGUGUGUGUGUGUGUGUGAGAGAGAGAGAGAGAGAGAGAGAGAGAGAAGAACACACAAGAUUGGGUGGGGGCAGGGUCUCCUCACCCCAGAGCACACGUUAUGAGGAAUGUCCAAGCACUUACUGUGAAGAUUAUAGCCAGAUGCACAAACAUCAAGUGAGAAAAUUUCUUUGCAAAUCUGUCCCAAAAACGAUGUCUGAAAGAUUGCACCUUUGUACCCUUUCCUUAUUGGUGCAAAUGCACUGCUAGCAAUUGGAGGCUUAAUUCAAAAUGGAGCCUCAGGAAGAAUUCUGGUUUUAAAAUUCAUACACUUAAAACUGCAUGUGAAAAACUUUUCAUUCCCCAUAGUCAGAACUUGGAAUUUUUAAGUGUAAGAUUUGAUAUUUCAGUGUAGUUGGCUUUCAGCUUUUAUUAAACAUUUACUUUUUGUAUCCAGCUUUGUAGGAGUGAAAGAGGGAUGAUUGUUGAGUUCUGGGCUCAUGAUAUUAGGGGUGUGUGUGUGUGUGUGUGUGUUGGUCUCUGUGUGUUUUGAGACAAAUCACCUUUCGUCCACAGCAGCUUGGAGCGAUAUACAACAGGUAUGAACUGCAUAACACAGACAUCAAUAAAACAGUAACUAAAAUAAAAGUGUUAAUGCAAAACUAAGAAGUUAUUAAAAUAUUCAUUCACAUAUUGUUGCUGCGGGUGAAAAUCCCAUAAAUAAACUACAGAAGCCUGGAUAAAAGAGUCCUCAUUUGCCCUCUGAAGACCAGCAAUGAGGGUGACAAUCCUACCUUAAGGGGGAGACGAUAUCAAAGCUGGGAGCUUCACCACAGAAUUCCCUUUCUGAUUAUUCCCUUUCCCAAAUAUUGUUUGGGACCAUAAGCAGAUCACCCUGGGGUUUUUUUACAUUAAAUUAGGAGGCUAAGAAGUGCAUUAUAUGAUUCCUGCAUUGCAGGAGGUUAAACCAGAUGGUCCCUUGGGCCCCUUUCAAUGCUACAGUUUGUAGAAUCAUAUAACUGUAGAGCUGGAAGGGACCCCAAGGGUCAUCUAGUCCAACCCCCUGCAAUUCAGGAUUCUCAGCUAAAGUAUCCAUGACAGAUGGCCAUCCAACCUCUGCUUAAAAACCUCCAAGGAAGGAGUGUCCACAACCUCCCGAGGGAGACCAUUUGCUAAGUAUUCCAUUCUCUGCCAUUUGCUCGACAUUCCAGUUCUCUAAAGCCUUGCUCUGAACUUCGCUCCCCUCUCCAGUGAAAUUUCAUUGCUCCCUCCCCUGUUCUUUUCCCUUUGCCAGGAAAUGGGCAUCCAGCAGCUGACCAACUACAGAAAGAGCAUCAUGAAUCUGUCCGAUGGGGGGAAACUUUACCGCAAGGAACUGGAGAUCGUUCUCUGCAGUGAGCCCCCUCUGUAAAGAUGAGCCGCCCCCUCCACGACUCAACCCGCCGCCCCCCGCCCUGCCACAACCAACCACAAAGGCAAAGGAAAAAGGAAAAAAAGACCACGAGGAGCAACGGGAGGCCGACUGUCCAACCUGUACCUGGGCAAUCCACUUGACCCCGCAAGGCUUGGCUUGCUGAUCUGCUUGCUGACUUUGGGCACACAAUUGCUGCCGGAUGGUGGCGCCUCCUCUCCCAGAGGAGGCUCUGAUCCAAACCAUCAGUUUCCUCUUCCUGCUUGUUUCUCUCUCUGUGUUGGUUACCAUAGUUUGUGUCCUGUACAUCCUCAGAUCUGGAGUGUAUUUUAUUUUUGCUCUUAAUUUUUAUCUUUUGCUUUCUUUUCACACUAAGUCUUCUUGAUUACCAAAGAAGAGUUUACAAAUAAAACUGAUCUUCUGCUACGGG